UUCAGGCCAUGGAAUCUUCGUCAAAGCCUGAGACGUCUUUACCCAAAUACUGCAGCGUGUCCACAACCCUGAAGGCCCCCGCCUGGGCUGCCGCUGCACCUCCCUGGGACUUCUCCUUCACUUGCCCUUUUGCCCUUCGAGCACCUUGUCUCAGCCCCAUCACCAGGUAUCCAUCCCAUCACCCAUGUGUCCACAUGGCUAACCCAGCCUGGCAGGAAAGAGUUAGAGAUGCUGCUGACAAAUGGGUCUUGGCCCAGAGGGAGCCAGAUGGCUUUUAUUACCGAGCUCAGAUAAAGACUGCUCCAGAGCUGGAGAGGCAGGGGGCCCUGCUUGUAGAAUUUGAAGCUCCCCUUGUUACAGGCCCAAGACUGCUAGCCCAGCAUCGGAGUGUGGUCUUAAAAGAUGAUGUCAUUCAGUUCUCACCACCCUUGGAAUACUCCCUGCAACAGGGGGACAAAGUGUUGGCCCCCUGGGAGCCAGGACAGCUUCGGUAUGGUCCUGGUACUGUUCUCUGGGGCCUAGAGGCAGGAAGCCCACACAGAGCAUCUAAAGAAGAAAUUACUGUGCGCUUCUGGAAUGGCAAGAUAGCCACAGUGCCCGUAGGUGGGAUCUGGUGGGUGCCUCCAGCUAUAUGGAAGAGAGCUGUGGAUAAGCUACAUGAGCUUUUCGUCAGGGAAUGUGCCAGCCUCCUCCCCUGGGCCCCUUGCAGCUCUCUGCUGGGGCCAGUCACUGCUUGUGUCACCAACAGACUGCCUCUGAGCCCUUCUUUCCCAGACUCUCUUAGCCACACUACCAAAUGCUGCCAGCUGAUGUGCCAGGGCUACCACUGCUACUGCCCCUUGGCUGGAACUGGUUGGUGGCCUUUAAGCAGAACCAUAGAGAACAGAACCUCUCGAGAACACUCAGAGGAAGCACCAAAGCCCACAGAAGAGCCAUUGCCCCUUGAAGGCCUUGAGGAGGAGGAAGAAACAAUGCAAGCAGCUGUGACUAUUUCCUCCUCUUCCUCCUCCUCCUCCUCCUCCUCCUCUUUCUCCUCUUCCAACAAACAUUACUUGGAGAAUGAUCUGGAAAUGGGCCUCCCAGAGAGACUAAUGGUGGACAGAUCAGUCAACACAGACCCCAUCCUUUUGGGUAAGCCAGCCAGGCAGGUCGACCUCUGCCAGCCCAAGUGGAAGUAUUGGAGAAGAAAUGGGCCUGAGCCACCUCCUGGGAAGCCAGCCAGGGGGGCACUGAAAAAGCAGAAGCCCAGGCCAUCUGGCAGAAGAGGCAACAGCAACAGCUCAGAUGAGCCUGACCUUGAGAUUGUGGAGAAAAAGAAACUCUCA